GCGGCGGCUGCGACAACAAGGGAGUCUCCGGGUGAGGGAGCUCGCGGCGGCUACCGAGGAGUAGGUGAAGCUUUCUUCUGCUUUAUGAACCCAAAUUAUAAAGACUAAAUGUUCCAGAAGUGUUGAAAGACUGCUCGGUCAUGAGCACUGACAGUAACUUAUUGGCACGUGAAUUUCUGACUGAUGUUAACCGGCUCUGCAAUGCAGUGGUCCAGAAGGUGGAGGCCAGGGAGGAAGAAGAGGAGGAGACACACAUGGCAACUCUUGGGCAGUACCUUGUCCAUGGACGAGGAUUUCUGUUACUUACCAAGCUUAAUUCCAUCAUUGACCAGGCAUUAACAUGCAGAGAAGAACUCUUGACUCUUCUUCUUUCACUCCUUCCCCUCGUAUGGAAGAUACCAAUUCAGGAACAGCAGGCAACAGAUUUUAAUCUUCCAUUGUCAUCUAAUAUAAUCCUGACCAAAGAAAAGAACACAAGUUCACAAAGACCUACUCAGGAAAAAUUACAUUUGGAAGGAAGUGCCCCAUCUGGCCAGGUUUCUGGGAAAAUAAAUGUCUUUCGAAAGGGCAGACGACAGCGUAAAAGCACUCAUCGUUAUUCCAUAAGAGAUGCAAGAAAGUCACAGCUCUCCACGUCAGAUUCAGAAGGCAAUUCAGAUGAGAAAAGUACAACAGUGAAUAAGCCCAGAAGACCCCAUGUACUGCAACAUUUUGUAACACAGUCUUCUAAAGAAACCCCCCUCACAGCUAAACUCGACCCCUCUGCAACCAAAGAACAGACUCUGCCAGACACGAUGGCUUUGGAAAACUCCAGAGAGAUUAUCCCAAGACAGGAGUCAAAUGCUGACAUUUUAAGUGAGUCAGCUGCCUUGUCUAUUCUCAGUAACAUGAAUAAUUCUCCAUUUGACUUAUGUCAUAUUCUUUUAUCUUUAUUGGAAAAAGUUUGUAAGUUUGACAUUAUGUUGAAUCAUAAUUCUGCCCUGGCAGCCAGUGUAGUGCCCACACUGACUGAAUUCCUAGCAGGCUUUGGGGACUGCUGUAACCUAAGCAACAGCUUGGAGAGUCGAGUGGUGUCUGCAGGUUGGACUGAAGAACCAAUGGCUUUGGUUCAGCGGAUGCUCUUUCGAACAGUGUUACAUCUUAUGUCAGUAGAUAUCAGUACCACAGAGGUGAUGCCAGAAAAUCUUAGAAAAAAUUUAACUGAAUUGCUUAGGGCAGCUUUAAAAAUCAGAUCUUGCUUAGAAAAGCAACCUAACCCAUUUGCACCAAGACAAAAGAAAACACUACAGGAAGUCCAGGAAAGCUUUGUGUUUUCCCAGCACCGGCACAGAAUCCUCCUUUUACCUGAGCUUUUGGAAGGGGUUCUACAGAUCCUGAUCUGUUGUCUUCAGAGUGCAGCUUCAAAUCCCUUCUACUUCAGUCAAGCUAUGGAUUUGGUUCAAGAAUUCAUUCAGCACCAAGGAUUUAAUCUAUUUGCAACAGCAGUUCUUCAGAUGGAAUGGUUGGUUUCCAGAGGUGGAGCUCCUCCUGAGGCCUCGGAACAUUUGAAAGCCCUAAUAAGUAGUGUGAUGAAGAUCAUGAGUACUGUCAAAAAAGUGAAAUCAGAGCAGCUUCAUCACUCAGUAUGUACAAGAAAAAGGCAUAGACGUUGUGAGUAUUCUCACUUUAUGCAUCACCACCGAGAUCUUUCAGGUCUUCUGGUUUCAGCUUUUAAAAAUCAGGUCUCCAAAAACCCAUUUGAAGAGACUGCAGAUGGAGAUGUUCAUUACCCUGAGCGGUGCUGCUGCAUUGCAGUGUGUGCACAUCAGUGCUUGCGCCUGCUGCAGCAGGCUUCCUUGAGUAGCACCUGUGUCCAGAUUCUAGCAGGUGUGCACAGCGUUGGCAUAUGCUGCUGUAUGGACCCCAAAUCUGUAAUUAUACCUUUGCUUCAUGCUUUUAAAUUGCCAGCGCUGAAAAAUUUUCAGCAGCAGAUAUUGAAUGUCCUUAACAAGCUUAUUUUGGAUCAAUUAGGAGGAGCAGAGAUAUCUCAGAAAAUUGAAAAGGCAGCUUGCAACAUUUGCACUGUUGACUCUGACCAGCUGGCCAAGCUAGAAGAGACCCUGCAAGGCAAUUCAUGCAACGCUGAAUCUCACUCAGGUUUAUCUAGUCCCUCAUACAGAUGUCAAGGGAUCCUACCAAGCAGUGGGUCUGAGGACCUAUUGUGGAAAUGGGAUGCAUUAGAGGCUUAUCAGAACUUUGUUUUUGAAGAAGACAGAUUACAUAACAUACAGAUUGCAAACCACAUUUGCAGUUUAAUCCAGAAGGGCAAUGUAGUUGUUCAGUGGAAAUUGUAUAAUUAUAUAUUUAAUCCUGUGCUUCAAAGAGGAGUUGAAUUAGCACAUCGUUGUCAACACCUAAGCAUUACUUCAGUUGGACCUCAAAUGUGUAGCCAUCUGAAAGAGUGUUUGCCUCAGGAAGUGCUACAAAUUUAUUUAAAAACUCUGCCUAUCCUACUUAAAUCCAGGGUGAUAAGAGAUUUGUUUUUAAGUUGUAAUGGAGUAAAUCAAAUAAUUGAAUUAAAUUACUUAGAUGGUAUUCGAAGUCAUUCCCUAAAAGCAUUUGAAACGCUGAUCAUCAGCCUAGGAGAGACACAGAAAGAUGCUUCAAUUCCAGGGAUCGAUGGGCUGGAUAUUGAACAGAAAGAACCAUCAUCUUCAAGUGUAGAUACUCCAUUUCAUAACCAGCAAGCUUAUUCAGAUUCUCCUCAGAGCCUCAGCAAAUUUUAUGCCAGUCUCAAAGAAUCUUAUCCAAAGAAAUGGAAAACUGGUCACCAGGAUGUGCAUCUCAACACCAUAAAUCUCUUCCUCUGUGUGGCAUUUUUAUGUGUAAGUAAAGAAGCAGAGUCUGAUAGAGAGUCAGCCAAUGAGUCAGAAGACACUUCUGGCUAUGACAGUACAGCCAGUGAGCCCCUGAGUCAUGUGUUGCCGUGUUUGUCUCUCGAGAGCCUUGUCCUGCCAACUUCAGAAUGUAUGCACCAAGCUGCAGACGUGUGGGCUAUGUGUCGUUGGAUCUACAUGUUGAGCCCAGUCUUCCAGAAACAGUUCCAUAGGCUUGGUGGUUUCCGAGUGUGCCAUAAAUUAAUAAUUAUGAUAAUACAGGAACUACUAAGAAAUAAUGAAGAUAAGCAAGGAAGAAAGCAGGGUGAUAUGAAUGCAAAUGAAAACCAGGACUUAGCCAGAACUUGUCGAUCUGAAGUAACUAUGAAGGAAGAGUUAUCAUCUUUGACUAUGAAAAGUGACUCCACAUUAUCAGAAUUAGAUAACCUAAAGAAGAGUGCUGACAAUUUAGGGAAAUUAGAGUCACAACAUAUUUCUUCCAUAAAUGUGGAGCAAAUUUCAACCUCUGAAGCUGUUCUUGAAGAAGCAAAGCUACUUACAAAUCAAGAAACUGAAACCUUGCUUUAUAGCAUACGACUUUUGGAAGCCCUUCUGGCCAUUUGUCUUCAUAGUGCCAGAACCAAUCAACAAAAGACGGAAUUGGAGUUGCCCAGUCAGAACUUAUCUGUGGAAAAUAUAUUAUGUGAAAUGAGGGACCAUCUUUCACAGUCAAAGGUGACUGAGACAGAAUUAGCAAAGCCUUUGUUUGAUGCUUUGUUUCGAGUUGCCCUGGGGAAUCAUUCAACAGAUAUUGAACAUAAUGAUGCUAUGACUGAGAAGAGUCAUCAAUCUGAAGAAGAAGUAUCAUCCCAGCCUGGAGAUUUUUCAGAAGAAGCUGAGGAUUCUCAGUGUUGUGGUUUUACACUUUUGGUUGAAGAAGAAGGUUAUGAAGCAGAUAGUGAAAGCAAUCCUGAGGAUGACAAAACCUGCAAUGAUGGGGUAUACUUAAAGCCUGAAACAGAAGUCUUCAGUGCCAUAGUCAAUCCAUAUGAUUUACUUGAAAACCUUACUCAGGGAGAAAUAGUAUAUCCUGAGAUUUGUAUGCUGGAGUUAAAUUUGCUUUCUACUAGUAAAGCUAAACUUGAUGUGCUUGCUCAUGUAUUUGAGAGUUUUUUGAAAAUUAUCAGGCAGAAAGAAAAGAACGUUUCUCUGCUCUUGCAACAGGGAACUGUGAAAAAUCUUUUAGGCGGGUUCCUGAGUAUUUUAACACAAGCUGAUUCUGAAUUUCAAGUAUGCCAGAAAGUAUUGGUCGAUCUCUUAGUAUCUUUGAUGAGUUCAAGAACAUGUGCAGAAGAGUUAACCCUUCUUUUGAGGGUAUUUCUGGAAAAAUCUCCUUGUACAGAAAUUCUUCUUCUGGGUAUUUUGAAAAUUGUUGAAAGUGAUGUUACCAUGAGCCCCUCACAGUAUCUAACUUUUCCUUUGCUGCAUACUCCAAGUUUAAGCCACAGUGUCUCAUCACAAAAAUGUCCUGGGAUUUUAAACAGUAAAGCCAUGGGUUUAUUGAGAAGAGCACGAAUUUCACGGGUCAGGAAAGAGGCUGAUAAAGAGAGCUUUCCCCACCGGCUUCUUUCCUCUUGGCACAUAGCCCCAGUCCACUUGCCGUUGCUGGGACAAAACUGCUGGCCACACCUGUCAGAAGGCUUCAGUGUCUCACUGUGGUUAAAUGUGGAGUAUAUCCAUGAAUCUGAAGGUGGUACAGAAAAAAGAAAGAAGAUAAAGAAAAGAAACAGAUCAUUAAUUGUACAAGACAGCAGUUUUGAUGGAUCAGAGAGUGACAGACCAGAGGGUACAGAGUACAUAAAUCCUGGUGAAAGACUCAUAGAAGAAGGCUGUCUUCAUUUAAUUUCACUGGGCUCCAAAGCGUUGAUGAUCCAAGUGUGGGCUGAUCCACAUAAUGGCACUUUAAUCUUUCGUGUGUGUAUGGAUUCAAAUGAUGACACAAAAGCUGUUUUACUAGCACAGGUUGAAUCACAGGAGAAUAUUUUCCUUACAAGCAAAUGGCAACAUUUAGUACUCACCUACUUACAGCAGCCCCAAGGAAAAAAGAAUGUUUAUGGGAAAAUCUCCAUAUGGGUCUGUGGACAGAGGAAGCCUGAUGUGAUUUUGGAGUUUACACUCCCAAGAAAAACAAGUUUAUCAUCUGAUAGCAAUAAAACAUUUUGCAUGAUCGGCCAUUGUUUGUCAUCCCAAGAAGAGUUUUUGCAAUUGGCUGGAAAAUGGGACCUGGGAAAUUUGCUCCUCUUUAAUGGAGCUAAGAUUGGUUCACAAGAGGCCUUUUAUCUAUAUGCUUGUGGACCUAACUAUACAUCUAUAAUACCGUGUAAAUAUGGGAAACCUGUGCAUGACUACUCCAAAUAUAUUGAUAAGGACAUUUUGCAAUGUGAACAGAUCAGAGAACUUUUUAUGAGCAAGAAAGAUAUGGACAUUGGUCUCUUAAUUGAAAGUCUUUCAGUUGUUUAUACAACAUACUUUCCCACUCAGUACACCAUUUAUGAGCCAGUGAUUAGACUCAAGAGUCACGUGAAAGCCCAACUCUCUCAACGACCUUUCAGCUCAAAAGAAGUCCAGAGCAUCUUACUAGAACCUCCCCAGAUAAAGAGCCUCCAGCCUACUGAAUGUAAUACUAUUCAAGGCAUUCUGCAUGAGAUUGGUGGAACUGGUAUAUUUGUCUUUCUCUUUGCUAGGGUUGUUGAACUCAGUGGCUGUGAAGAAACUCAGGCAUUAGCACUACGAGUUAUACUCUCUUUAAUUAAAUACAACCAACAGAGAAUACAUGAAUUAGACAAUUGCAAUGGACUUUCCAUGAUUCAUCAGGUGUUGAUCAAACAAAAAUGCAUUGUUGGCUUUCACAUUUUGAAGACCCUUCUUGAGGGUUGCUGUGGUGAAGAGAUUAUUUACAUCAAUGAAAAUGGAGAGUUUAAAUUGGAUGUAGAGUCCAGUGCUAUAAUCCAAGAUGUUAAGCUUUUAGAGGAGCUGCUACUUGACUGGAAGAUAUGGAAUAAGGCACAGCAAGGUGUGUGGGAAACUCUGCUAGCAGCUCUGGAAGUCCUCAUUCGAGUGGAGCACCACCAGCAGUGGUUUAAUAUUAAGCAGCUACUGAAGGCUCAAGCGGUUCAUCACUUCCUACUGACUUGUCAGGUUUUGCAGGAACAUAAAGAGGGGCAGCUUACAUCCAUGCCCCGAGAGGUUUGUAGAUCAUUUGUGAAAAUUAUUGCAGAAGUCCUUGGAUCUCCUCCAGAUUUGGAAUUAUUGACAGUUAUCUUCAAUUUCCUUUUAGCAGUUCACCCUCCUACUAAUACUUACGUUUGUCACAAUCCCACAAACUUCUACUUUUCUUUGCACAUAGAUGGCAAGAUCUUUCAGGAGAAAGUGCAGUCAAUCAUGUAUCUGCGGCAUUCUGGCAGUGGAGGACGACCCCUCACUAGCCCUGGUUUCAUGCUCAUAAGCCCGUCUGGUUUUACUGCUUCACCUCCUGAAGGAGGCAGUUUCUCCAAUAUUAUUCCACCAGGUAUGGCUGCCCACAUGCUACGUUCUAGAAGUCUACCAGCAUUUCCUACUUCACCACUAACACAGCCACAAAAAUUGACUGGAAGUUUGGGUUGUAGCAUUGACAAGUUACAAGACAUUGUAGAUACUUAUGUUGCUACCCAGGCAGAGAAACAGAAUCCUUUGGGGAGUUCAGACAUGCUGCAAGCAAGCAAAGAAGAUACAUUCAUCAGUAGCUGUGAGUCUGCCAAAGCCGUUUGUGAAGCAGAUGCUGUUCCUACAUCUCAGACCUCUGCCAGUGGCAUCCCAAAAGGAAUGCUGGGAUUUUCCAUGAGCAGAGUAGAUCAUAAAGAGUUGGAAGCAGAGCACAGAUCAGAUGAUGACAGUCUGGGGGACGACUCCUGCCUGUGCAGACCUGAUAACCUAAAGGGUCUAUCCUCAUUCCAGCAAAGCCACAGCACAAUUGCAAGUCUGGGGCUAGCUUUUCCUUCGCAGAAUGGAGCUUCAACUGUCAGUCGCUGGCCCAGUCUUGUUGAUAGGAAUACUGAUGAUUGGGAAAACUUGGCCUUUUCUCUUGGUUACCAACCCAACUAUAACCGAGCUAUAAGUGCUCACAGUGUCACUGAAGACUGCUUGAUACCUAUAUGCUGUGGAUUAUAUGAACUCUUAAGUGGUAUUCUCCUCAUCCUGCCUGAUGUUAUGCUGGAAGAUGUAAUGGAAAAGCUUAUUCAAGCAGAUACACUCUUAGUCCUCGUUAAUCAUCCAUCACCGGCCAUACAACAAGGAGUUAUUAAACUAUUACAUGCAUAUUUUAAUAGAGCAUCUAAGGAGCAAAAAGAUAAAUUUCUGAAGAAUCGUGGCUUUUCCUUGCUAGCCAACCAGUUGUAUCUUCAUCGGGGAACUCAGGAAUUGUUAGAAUGCUUCAUUGAAAUGUUCUUUGGUCGACGUAUUAGCCUUGAUGAAGAAUUUGAUCUGGAAGAUGUGAAAACCAUGGGACUUUUUCAGAAGUGGUCUGCCAUUCCUAUCCUGGGACUAAUGGAAACCUCCCUAUAUGACAACAUACUCUUACAUAAUGCUCUUUUACUUAUGAUCCAGAUUUUAAAUUCCUGUUCUAAGGUAGCAGACAUGUUGUUGGAUAAUGGUCUACUGUAUGUGUUAUGUAACACAGUAGCAGCCCUGAAUGGAUUAGAAAAGAACAUUCCUUUGAAUGAGUACAAAUUACUUGCAUGUGAUAUACAGCAACUUUUCAUAGCAGUUACAAUUCAUGCUUGCAGUUCCUCGGGUUCACAAUAUUUUAGAGUUAUUGAAGAUCUUAUUGUACUCCUUGGAUAUCUUCAAAAUAGUAAAAACAAGAAGACACAAAGUAUGGCUCUUGCCCUACAGCUUAGAGUUCUCCAUGCUGCACUAGAAUUUAUAAGGAGCACAGCAAAUCAUGAUUCUGAAAACCCUGAAGAUGCAAUACAGUCAUUUGCUCCCCACCAUGCAGAAUUUCAAAAACGGAAAAGCAUUGCUGGUCCUCGAAAAUUUCCCCUGGCCCAAACUGAGUCUCUUCUGAUGAGAAUGCGUUCAGUGGCCAGUGACGAGCUCCACACCAUGAUGCAGAGGAGAAUGAGCACGGAGAACCCCAGCCAAGCCACUGAUGCAGAGCUUACACAGAGAUUGCAGAGACUCAUGGUCCUGGCAGUCAACAGGAUCAUUUAUCAAGAGUUUAAUUCAGACAUUAUUGACAUUUUGGGAACUCCAGAAAAUGCAACUCAAAGCAAGACUUCAGUGUUACAGACUGAAAUUUCUGAGGAAAAUAUUCAUCAUGAACAGCCUUCAGUUUCUAAUCCAUUUCAGAAAGAAAUGUUCACAUAUCUAAUGGAAGGAUUCAAAGUGUGUAUUAAUUCAAGUAAAACCAAUGGCUCUAAGCAGCAGUGGACUAAAAUUCUGUGGUCUUGCAAGGAAACAUUUCGAAUGCAGCUUGGGAGACUACUUGUACAUAUUUUGUCACCAGCCCACACUAUACAAGAGAGAAAGCAAAUAUUUGAAAUACUACGUGAACCUAAUCAUCAGGAAAUACUGCGUGACUGUCUUAGCCAAUCACUGCAAGUAAACAAUCUUUUUAGUCUCUUUCAGCGUCUUGAUUCAAAAUCAAAGGAUAUAUCUAAAAUAGCGGCAGAUAUCACCCAGGCAGUAUCUCUGUCCCAGGGAAUUGAGAGAAAAAAAGUGAUUCAGCACAUCAGAGGAAUGUACAAAGUGGACCUGAGCGCGAGCAGGCACUGGCAGGAACUCAUUCAACAGCUGACGCAUGAUCGAGCAGUUUGGUAUGACCCCAUUUACUACCCAACCUCUUGGCAGUUGGAUCCCACAGAAGGGCCAAACCGAGAGAGGAGACGUCUACAGAGAUGUUACUUAACUAUUCCAAAUAAGUACCUUCUUAGGGAUAGACAAAAAUCAGAAGAUGUGAUUAAACCACCACUUGCUUACCUAUUUGAAGACAAAACUCAUUCUUCUUUCUCCUCUACUGUCAAAGACAAAGCUGCAAGUGAAUCUAUAAGAGUAAAUCGAAGAUGCAUCAGCGUUGCACCAUCUAGAGAGACAGCUGGUGAGUUGUUAUUAGGUAAAUGUGGAAUGUAUUUUGUGGAAGAUAAUGCUUCUGAUGCAGUUGAAAGUUCAAGCCUUCAGGGAGAGUUAGAACCAGCAUCAUUUUCCUGGACAUAUGAAGAAAUUAAAGAAGUUCAUAAGCGUUGGUGGCAACUGCGAGAUAAUGCUGUAGAAAUCUUUUUAACAAAUGGUAGAACCCUCCUGUUAGCAUUUGAUAAUACUAAGGUUCGUGAUGAUGUGUACCAUAGUAUUCUUACAAAUAACCUCCCAAAUCUUCUGGAAUAUGGUAACAUUACUGCUCUGACAAACCUGUGGUAUACUGGACAAAUCACUAAUUUUGAAUAUUUGACUCACUUAAAUAAACAUGCUGGCCGAUCCUUCAAUGAUCUCAUGCAGUACCCAGUAUUCCCGUUUAUACUUGCUGACUAUGUUAGUGAGACACUUGACCUCAAUGAUCCAUCAAUUUAUAGAAACCUCUCUAAGCCUAUUGCUGUGCAGUAUAAAGAAAAAGAAGAUCGUUAUGUGGACACAUACAAGUACUUGGAGGAGGAGUACCGCAAAGGAGCCAGGGAAGAUGACCCCAUGCCUCCCGUGCAGCCCUAUCACUAUGGUUCCCACUACUCCAACAGUGGCACUGUGCUACACUUCCUGGUCAGGAUGCCUCCCUUCACCAAAAUGUUUUUAGCUUAUCAAGAUCAAAGUUUUGACAUUCCAGACAGAACUUUUCAUUCUACAAAUACAACUUGGCGCCUCUCAUCUUUUGAAUCUAUGACCGAUGUGAAAGAACUUAUUCCGGAGUUUUUCUAUCUUCCUGAGUUUUUAGUUAACCGUGAAGGUUUUGAUUUUGGUGUGCGACAGAAUGGUGAACGGGUUAAUCAUGUCAAUCUUCCUCCUUGGGCACGCAACGAUCCUCGUCUUUUUAUCCUCAUCCACCGACAGGCUCUGGAGUCUGACCACGUGUCUCAGAAUAUCUGUCACUGGAUUGAUUUGGUGUUCGGGUAUAAGCAAAAGGGGAAAGCUUCUGUUCAAGCCAUCAAUGUUUUCCAUCCUGCUACAUAUUUUGGGAUGGAUGUGUCUGCAGUAGAAGAUCCAGUUCAGAGACGAGCACUAGAAACCAUGAUAAAAACCUAUGGACAGACCCCACGCCAGCUGUUCCACACAGCCCAUGCCAGCAGGCCGGGAGGCAAGCUCAACAUUGAAGGCGAGCUUCCUGCUGCUGUCGGGCUGUUGGUGCAGUUUGCCUUCCGGGAGACCCGGGAACAAGUCAAAGAAAUCACUUACCCGAGCCCGCUGUCAUGGAUAAAAGGCUUAAAGUGGGGGGAGUAUGUGGGUUCUCCAAGUGCUCCUGUUCCUGUGGUCUGCUUCAGCCAGCCUCAUGGAGAAAGAUUUGGCUCUCUGCAGGCUCUCCCCACCAGAGCAAUCUGUGGUUUAUCCCGAAAUUUCUGCCUUCUGAUGACCUACAGCAAGGAACAAGGUGUGAGAAGCAUGAACAGCACUGACAUUCAGUGGUCGGCCAUCCUGAGCUGGGGAUAUGCGGAUAACAUCUUGAGGUUGAAGAGUAAGCAGAGCGAGCCCCCAGUGAACUUCAUACAAAGCUCUCAACAGCACCAGGUGACUAGCUGUGCUUGGGUGCCUGACAGUUGCCAGCUCUUUACUGGGAGCAAAUGUGGCGUUAUCACAGCCUACACAAACAGAUUUACCAGCGGCACGCCAUCAGAGAUAGAAAUGGAGACUCAGGUACAUCUCUAUGGGCACACAGAAGAGAUAACCAGCUUAUUUGUCUGCAAGCCAUACAGUAUAAUGAUAAGUGUGAGCAGAGAUGGAACCUGCAUCUUAUGGGACUUAAACAGACUAUGCUAUGUACAAAGUCUGGCCGGACACAAAAGCCCUGUCACAGCUGUCUCUGCCAGUGAAACAUCAGGUGAUAUCGCCACCGUGUGUGACUCAGCGGGCGGAGGCAGUGACCUUAGACUCUGGACAGUGAAUGGGGACCUCGUUGGACAUGUCCACUGCAGAGAGAUCAUCUGCUCCGUGACUUUCUCCAAUCAGCCAGAGGGAGUAUCUGUCAAUGUAAUUGCUGGAGGCUUAGAAAAUGGAAUUGUAAGGUUAUGGAGCACCUGGGACUUAAAGCCUGUGAGAGAAAUUACAUUUCCAAAAUCAAAUAAGCCUAUUGUAAGCCUUACGUUUUCCUGCGAUGGCCACCAUUUGUACACAGCCAACAGUGAGGGGACAGUGAUUGCCUGGUGUCGGAAGGACCAGCAGCGCGUGAAGCAGCCCAUGUUCUAUUCCUUCCUCAGCAGCUAUGCAGCUGGGUGACCAUGAGGGGCUGUUUUCUCUGUAGAGCACAGGACCCACAUUUCAGAGGUCAACUUUGCCAGUGAAGCAGGCUGAGCUGGAGAAAUGGAUGAUUAAACGAACAUCCAAAUAAUAGUAUCUGCUCUUCUGUGCAAAAUUCCAAAGGCAAUUCAGGUCCUGAGAGGAUGUAGUGUCCUAAUUUAGUGAUGAUACAGAAGAUUCUACACUGUGCACCAAACAACAAGCCUGAGGUCUUGAGUGAUAAAUUAAAGUUGCAGUCUUAAAGUUUUUCCCACAAAGCUAUUGU